CAUGGCAGGCCUUGGCGCCACGCGGCUGCCCGGGCUGCUCCUCUGCCUCGCAGUCCUGCUUUGUCCUGCGGGCUCUGCGGAUCCCCCCGACAGCUGCAUGUCCUUCAACGCCGUGGUCUCCACCAGCACUGCGGCCAUCAAGGCUGACUCGGAUGUAUAUGAAAGCAACAGAGCCUACACAAUGUCCAUUCCUGUGGAUAACAGCACCAGCUCCGUGGUCCUGCGAGCGCUGGACUCGAACGGCAGCGCGGUAGGCCUGUGGUACGGGGUGGACCAGUCGUGCAAGAGCAGCGUCCUGUACCUCGUGAGGGACCCGCGCGCAGGUGUCCUCAAGGCCACCUGGCAGUCUCCGCCCACGAACGUGACUGGAGCCGAGAUACAAGCCUUCGCUGUCAAUUCCAACAAAGUGGCUACAUUUUCUUCUCUGAAACUGAAAAAACACGCAAUGACCACCACACCAUCACCCUCCAUGAUCUCCACAACCAAGCCAACCACUGCCCGAGUCCCAAGCACAACCCAAACCCUAAUCACAACCCGCAUCCCAAAUGCAACCCCAACUCCAGACACAACCAGAAGCCUGGCCAACAGCAUCUUCCUCAGCCCCAUCACAGAUGCCGUUCAGAUCCUGCUCGUCUUCCUCGCCAGCAAACUCCUCUUCUAGAAGGAGGUGAGGGGAACAGUUGUUCCUGUCUCUGCUGCAUCCUGCUGUGUUCAGUUCCAAACCAGGGCUCCAUCCAUGGUGUGUGAAUGAAGGCCUAUGUCCUCAAGUGUACAACCCUACUGCCCCUGCUUUGAGCCAAAAAGGAGAUUGAUUGGGAGUAGUCAGUCCACUUGCUGGUGGACUUGGGGCACACAGGUGUUCACCUGGAUCUCUCAGAACACAAAUUAGGCUUUGUGCAACUACUUAGACCUGGUCUGGGUGUAACCUGGAAUUCUGGCUCUCGGUGUAACAGGUUGAUAGCCAAUUCCCCAGCCAAUGUAAACUUUUUCUCGUUGCCUAAUGAUUCCUCUGUGUCCUUGAGUCUCUGUGGGAAGAAUCUUUUCUCACUUGCAAGAUGGUCUCAGAUUUCUGACCAAACCCACUCAGGUUACAGAGUGUGUUGACUCCCGUGACUCGACAGGGAAGAAGAAAUAGCCCCCCGUGCUAUCAGCAACACCAGUAGCACUCAAAGGACAGGGAAGGGGAAUGCACCAUGUCUGCGCAGCCAAAGACAGGGAAGAUUAUGGCAUAAAGGCACUA